AUGCGAAAAGUUAAUUUAUUGGAAAUUAUGGGUCAGGAGAAAUACAAAUACCAACAGUGUAUUGGAGACGAGAUGGCCGCAGCAAAAGGCAUGACUGUGCUUAGACUGCCCUCAUAUAAUUGUGAGCUCAACCCUAUUGAAUUGGUGUGGUUUCAAGCAAAGGGGUAUGUCGCAAGACACAACAGAAGUUUUAAAAUGGCGGAAGUUAAAAAAAUAUUACUGGAAAGUAUAAGUAAUGUUACUCCUGAUAAAUGGCAAGAAUGUAUCAGCCAUACAAUCAAAGAAGAAGAUAAGAUGUGCACUCUCGACGAUUUGAUUGACACAGUCGCAGACUCUUUAAUAAUUCAUGUCAGUCAUUCACGUCUUCCAUAG